AUGUUACCUCAUGUGAAUUGCGAAAGCACGAGCCCGUGGCUUGCGGGGGGAAUUACCUUGGGGAGCGAACCUGAUUCGGAUACGCAUCAAGUCCGUACGGAAUUAGUGUAUGUUGACACGCAUAGCGACUUGACGAGUUUUGCGGAUGGUGUGAUAGAGAGUGACGCGGUUGCAAAUAAGAUGUUGCACGAGUUAUUGUCUGCGAUGGAGUGGAGAAGGGUGAAGAGUAUAACGAGAGAAGACUUGGAGAAUUGUCAGCUGGCUUACUUGGAGCUCGGAGCCAUCAUUUCGAUGUUUCUAGACGAUCCAUUCGGAGAUGUGACAUUGGAGACGAAGGCGUGGCUGAGUCCGAUGUUAGGGAUCCAGAAGGGAGCAGUAGCCUGGAGACAUUGCGAUAGUAACUGGGUAACGGGCUGUCUUCUACAGCGCUCCACCGUCCCGACGAGGAAGCUGGUCAACUUUUGUGUGCACACGCUGCACUACAUGCCAGUGGUGAGGAACGUAACUCUUGAGUGUUUGAAAAAAAGACCGCGGUUCCGCGACUAUAGGAUACGAGCGCCGGUGGCUAAUGCUGGUAAAGUAUUGCUAGAAAUCACGCAACGUUUGUCGGGCUCCUUCACAGUUGUGGAGUUCGGUCAACUAAUGGCUGCAGCGGCGUCUUCAAGAAAAGGUUUUCUUGACCCGUUGGACUCCCGCUUACUGCCUAAUGGGGAACCGGUGGAUGAAACCUCCCUCCCGAUAAUUUAUCGACGCGAUGAACUCCGCCUUACUAAAUGUGGAAAGGCCAGAGCCAGGCUCCUUUCGGAAAGCGAUGCGAAAGCAAAGACCUGGAACCUCCUGGGCGGGAAUUUGACUAAACUGAACGGAAUGGGGCCUGAGGAUUUAAAGUCAUGUAGCUUGGCCUAUUUUGAGCUGGGCAGCAUUGCAGAGCAGUAUAUACACGGUGCCUUUGGAACUGUAUGUUUGCCAGCGCUACGACAGGUGUCAGGUGUCAUGUGUCGUGGGUCCGGUACAGUGCAGGUUCGGGGUUGGGUUGCGGGAUGCAUAUUACAGUAUGCGAGAGUGCCCAUUUCCGCCCUAGUUAGGUUCUGCGUGCUCGACCUGAAUUACGAACCGCCAAAAGGACCUCUACUAGAGUGUUUAAGAUCCCAAACGGACCGCUACAGAGCCAGACGAUUAAAACAAGAAAGUAACUACUUGACAGAACUAACUGCUCGUGUAUCUGCCCUGACUGAGAAGAUCUCAAUUCCUGAAUAUGUCGCUCUGAUAACAAAUAAACAACGGGCCCUGAACUAUGUUGUAAAGCGCCUGGCCCCUGUUGCCGCCCACGAGACCCAUUCAUCACCCCACCUGAGCGACUACUCACCCCAGCUGAGCGACUACUCACCCCAGCUGAGCGACUCACCACCUCAAACCGUACCGACUUUAUCCACGAACUUGAUCACGGCUACGAAGCGGACCACAGACAGAAAUGAGCUUGAAAAGAGUAAGAGAAAGAAGCCGUCCGUAGAUCUGGCCAGGUCAACUGUAGAAGGCGCUUCGGGAUUGAUGUAUUGUCACCCUAAUGAUAUGAUCGAAUUUCUGAACUGGGUGGAAUCAGGAAUGUACGAAAGUUCACCUCAGGCAGUAUGCUCCUCUUAA